AUGAUAUAUGUCGCAAACUAGGACACAAAGUUCACUUCAAAUGUUGUGAGUGGUACUUAACCAAAGAUUUAAGAGGAAAUAAAAAAUGAAGAUGUGACUAUGAUUGAUACAAGCACUCACAAGGGAGGCAGUCCUUCUAAAACAAUGUCUAAGAAGCCUCUGACUGAUGAGGAGGUAAAGAAAGCUCACUGCACUCAUGGCUCAAAUGCCAAAUGUAUCAAUUGCUUAGGUGUGACAAAAGAAAUGAUUAAGGAAAUGAAAACAUAAUGCAAACAUGGGCCCAAUGAAAAAUGCCCAAACUGUUUUGAAGAUGUCAAAUCACAAUUUAAGCAUGAAAGCUUUGAGCAUUAUCUUUUGGAAAUGAAGUCCAAAUGCAAAGGGUAACAUAAGCCUGAUUAAAAAUGUCAAAAUUGUAUGCCCAUUCAAUAACUCAGCUACAAAGUAAACUAUAAUUGCCCUAAUCACAAACCAUUCCCAGAAGGAAUGUGUAAUAAAUGUGUUCCCCCAGCUGUAGUUCUAAAAAGAUAAACCUUCAGACAUGUGGAUUAUGUCUCUUUCAUGAAUUUCACAGAAAUGGCUUCGUUUGUAGGAAGUUGGCAAUAAACAGGGUGCAUGGAGUAGAAAAUGGCAUGGUUAUACGGUUAUUACUCUGAGGAUCCAAACUAUCCAGAGGGUGUCAGAGUAAAUAUUGAAGCAGUUUAUGAACCGCCACAAAUAGGAGAAAUAAAUGGAGUGCAGGAGCUAGAUGAUCCUUUGUAAAACAAGGUGGACAUGCUUGCGGAAGCUUUAACACUUGAGAAAGUUGGUUGGAUUUUCACUUCAAUCAAUCAUGAUGCUUUCUUGAGUGCUUAAGAAGUCAGAAAAAUUGCCAAAUUAUAAGAAUAGUAUAAAGUUUUACAUCCAGAGGGUUAUCAAGUCUCUAAAUUCGUAACAGUAGUGGUCAAACCAAAGGGCGAUGGUUCAGAAAUUGGUAUUGAUUGCUAUAUGGUUUCAGAUCAAUGCUAAGCACUUGAAAGAGAUGACAUUUUUGGAAAUACAGAUUCAAGAAAGAAAAUGACAUUGAGAGAACCAACUCCAAAUGAAAUGAUCCCAUCAAUAAUUAAGGAAGGAAAACCAGCAAAAGAGUUUGAACCUGACUUCUUUAUUGUAUCUCUGACAAACGGUCAGCCAAAGAACAACAAAGACUACAACUAUUUGAAGUUUUAUGAUUUCCCUGUAUAUAACAGAUCUGGCAAAAAAGCACCAACUAGCAAAGACUUCAAAGAUUAUAUUAAGAGACAUAAGGGAGAGACAUCUCAAAGGAAGUAUGCUUGCUUUUAAGCACUCAUAUUUUUAGCAGAAAUGCUAGAUAUCCAUACAGCUCUAGCUAUAGCUUAGAAUGUUGCAAAUGAGCAGCCACUAGAUUCAGGCCUCGUUGAGUUAUUAGAAAGUUUGUGA